AUCAAUCCUUUCAAACCUUCUCCCGGCCUUCAAACAACAUGGCGGAACCAACCGUGAGGAUAUCUGGAUUUCUUCUCACGUCUUUAAUGUUCCAACAUCUCAACAAAGACUCCGACGCGGAAGGUUUGAUCCUCGGCGAGAACCAGCUUGAGGAGCACGUGACAAUCAGCGACGUGCAAGAUGACCGCGUUGAUCUGCACCAGACUUACAGCAUCCACAAGCACGUGUGCUUCGACACACUCAACACCCUGUACGACGCCGUGGGCGGGGUGGACAUGGCAGCGGUCCAGAAGGUCCUGGGGGCCAACAAGCGGGAGCGCGUGAUCGGCUGGUACCGCCAGCGCAGGAACUCUGAGCACCACAUGACGCUGCGAGAGAAGGCGGUGCACGAGAACCUAAAGAGGGCGCUGUCCAAGCCCCACAUGAUCUUCCUGUUGCUGACGCCCAGCACGCUGACCUGCACAGGCUCCACCCACCGCACGGAAUACUCCGCCUUUCUCUCCGGCAGCAGGCAGGUCACCAGCAUUCCUGUCGUGGUCGACAACAUGGCGUCGCUGGACCAGCUGGCCUACUGGGUGGCGUCCACGCCGUGCUCGGCGCCAGGCUACCGGCACGCCGUCGGCCAGCACAGUUCCAAGUUCUUCAGGCCUGACGGACUCUUGAGAGACGUGGACGCCGUCAACGCCAUGAACGACUCCUUGCAGGCGGAGCUUCAGAGGGCGUGCGGCGUGGUGGCAGAGAGUGAGUGUGCGGUCCAGUCUCUGCUCGCCGACAUCUCCGCCCUCAGGAAGAAGCUCGACAACAGGAAGUUGGCGGCAGCGAUUAAAGCUGACGAAGCGCCUUGUGUGAAGAACCUUCGCCUCCAGCUCGCCUUAAGCACGCUCUUUUCCUGCUCGCCGCUCUACACCUCGCACACGUUGACGCUGGAUGCAUUUCCUGUGGCGGACGGCGACAGGCAGGGAAAACUUCGCCCCCUGCGGCCAGACGCCACGCGUAAAAGGAGACCGGAAGCGGCGGCGGGGAGCGGGAGGAAGCGGCGCAAAAGAGACGUGGCGGCGGCGUCGUGUUGAAAGGAAGAAAGAAGCUGCGGUCAGCGGUGAAACAUUUUAAUUUAAAUUUUAGUGGAGAGAGGAGGCGUGGCUAAUCCAGAUGUUUGAUGCUGCAGAUGUUUGGGUCCCUCAUGAACUGUGGGUGUUUGUGCGUCACUGACAUGAACCCUGGACACAAACACACUUGUCAGGAAGUGACUGCAGUAGCAGCUCGUGGCCACUGGAGGGCACAACAUCCACAUGAAGCACAUACCCAUUGAGUGAGCCUUCUUGAUGGCUUUGGAGAUUUCUUUUUGUUUUCGCCCACAAAGUCCUGACAAAGCAAACAUUGUACGAUGGAUCAAUAAACUAAUUGAUCUGAUUCAUUUCAA